AUUUUUUUACUUAAGUAGCUCUGUUUUUCUGCUUUCUUUCAAGGGCGGCAAGAAGAGGCGAUGGAAAGUUUUGCCGAUAUUGCAUGGCGGGAAAUCCAUGAAAGGGUCUUCAGUGAGGACGGCUUUCUAAGCCACCAUGUUUUCCAAGCCACAAGCAUGCUGGCUGUUCUGGAUUUUACAGCUGGUAGGAACAACCGUGGAUGGAUGAAAGUAGGCCUUGCGAUUCGGUUUGCUCAGGUUCUGAACCUCUCAGCAGAACCGGACCCUACACUGCCAGUCUAGUCACAGGAUGGAUAUCGAGGAACCUUAUGGUCUGUCUAUCUGUUGGAU